CGACUGACGAGUGACGUGCGCGCGCGCAGUCUCUCGCGUGGUGUAAAAACAUGCGGUCGUGUUUGGCGCUCACAUGCGCCAUUUUUAUUACAGGUUAUGCUACAUCAUCCUCCAUUCCUCCAACUAUAAGGUCCCGUGAGGUAGGAGAGUCCUUAGACUUAUCAGUAUUUACUUCCGAUGCUGAAAUAGAACAAUGUUAUUUACAAAAACCAAAUGGCGAUACUAUUUCUUUAAAACCCAAUGACGAGUCAGAUGAAAAGUAUGAGAUCCUGGAAAAUAUGCCGAUGGUGAGCAUGUGCCGCGUGCGGAUCCUGAAUUUGACUCCAAAUGACAAUGGAAUUUGGACUUUAAAUGCAGUGGACUUGGCAGGACAAACCCUGCAUCAACCCUAUAAUCUAACCGUGAAUGUAGUACCAGAAUAUUUACCAGAAAAAGUAAUUACUACUACCAUUGGACGCGAACACGAGAUCUCGAUUUCCGAACCCGAAUCUGACGUCACUCAAUCUUGUGAGAUCACAACUCCAAAUGGCGAAAAGCAUUCCUUAGAAGAAGCUUCAUUAGAUAGUGUGGUGAAAUACAGCAGUGCUGGAUCUACAUGUGGUGUCAAAAUCACUGUAGCAUCGGAAGAUUUUGUCGGCAGUUGGGCUUUAACUGCACGAGGCCUAACAUUUGAGAAGAUACAGCCGUUCGUAGUUUCCGUCAAAGAUACUGAUGCAGCAGCUAUUACUCCUCCAACAACGAGCAACCUUGACGAAGGAGAUAGUUUAAUGAUAUCAGUAAUUACUAACGAUGAUGAGGUACAAAAAUGUCAUUUAACAACCCCAAAUAAUGUUGACAUUCAAUUCAAACCUGUCGACGAAUCCGAUGAAAGAUUUGAAUUACUGGAAGAUAUAGAAUCCGAAAGUCGGUGCCGAGUAAAGAUUCUUAAUUUGACUCCAGCAGAUAAUGGACAAUGGUUUUUAAGGGCUGUUUCUAAUGGAGAAAGCCGAUAUGUGUUGUUUAACGUCACCGUUAAUCCAGCACCAGAUACUUCUUCUACUGUCACCUACCCUCCUUCAUCAACUACUUCCAUCCCUACAACUAUCAACCGAAUAGAAGGAGAAUCUUUCGAAACUGCAGUUACAACAUUCUCUUCUAAAACAAACAAAUGUUACUUACAAAAUCCAACUGGUACUGAAGUUCAAUUUAAACCCAAAGACGAAUCCGGUGAUAAAUAUGAAUUAUUGGAAGAUAUAGAACAUGUUAGUGACUGUCGUGUACGAAUCCUCAAUUUGACUUUACAUGAUAUCGGACUUUGGACUUUAAAAGCAGAGGAUAGUGAAGGAACGAUUCUGUUUCAAGAAUAUGAUGUACAUGUGAGCCCAGACGUUCGAGAGGAAAUAGAGGUAGAGUACCUCCCAGCGCAAGAAAUAACAACAUCUCUUGGUAGUGUUCACAGCUUUUCUAUCCAAGAACUAGGGGCUUAUACAAGUGAAACUUGUAUGAUAGUUAAUCCACUUGGCAAACAAAUUAACUUAAAGGAAGAUAAAAUGGAAGGUUUAGAAUUGCUGACAAGUUCAGAUUUCAACUGUGGUGUAAACAUCACAGUUUUGUCAGAAGAAUUUGUAGGCAAUUGGACUUUAAUAGCAAACGGCAAGAGGUUCGUAACAAAAGUCCAGAGAAGAUUGCCCAUCGAGAUUUCUGUUGAAAUGAUUGUACCAGCGAGUCCCAAUAGAGUAGUGGUAGGAUAUUCCAACAAUUUCCACGUGGCUCUAGCCAACCCAAUCUCUGAGCCACAAACGUGCAAGCUACUUGAUCCUUACGGCAAUGAACAUAUAGACAAUUAUGACAUGCAAUCAGAUAGAUGCGCGUUUAUCGUUAAAUAUGUUUUUAGUUGGCACAAUGGAACAUGGACUAUUGUUUAUGGCACCAGGAUUGUGUAUAAGGCAUUUAUUGAGGUGUUCGUUGUAGAACCAAACGAUGACUUACAGAAUUUAAAACUCAGGUGGGAUCUUCACAGCAGAGUCCAACAAGUGAUUGGGCCAGAGGAUGCUAUUUACUGCAAAGUAAUUGAUCCACUAUUAAGAACAGUUUUCGAUGGAUUUGGAAGAUGUCAAAUAAAUAUAGAAAGAGUGUCUCCAGAUCACUUUGGACAUUGGAAGAUGUAUGUAAGUCGGCAAGGACAUGUGCUUCCUGAGGAACAACUAUUUAGCGUGGUUGCGUCUGCUGGUACAGCUGAUCCCAGACCAAACGUAUUAACUCACGUAGAUGUAGAAAAGCCAAACAUAUACAUGGCAUGUACUCUCCCGGGUUCAGUCAAUGUUACGACGUGUACCUUCCGAGACCCUAAGGGUAGGAUGCUUUUGGCCCAUAGUGGGGUCACACAAGGGAGAUAUGGGUACCAUGGGACGAGGGUUAGCUACGAAACAAGAGCUCUCAAUCACACAUGUGGUCUCCUCAUAACGGAUCCAAUCAACGAAGACGUUGGUUUCUGGCGUUGCGCCAUACAGACAAAAGACGAUAUUCACUAUGGCCAUAUAAAUGUUCCUACACCUUGGUUCAUGAGAGACCCGGAGGAUGUCGCUCAGAUUGAGAAAAAGCCAAGGCUAACCGCAGAGCACACAACAGUACAAGCGAUAGUCGGAGAAACCGUGACGAUGUCCUGCUCCAUACCAGCUUCAUUCCAUUAUUGUUACUUCAGAGCGAGGAAUGGCACUAUUUAUCAUGUUGCACCUUAUCUAGAUCGCUACGUAGGCGCCGGGUUCGAGGCCGGCGAGUGCGGGAUUCGAUUCCCCUCGCUCGCUGUAUCCGACUCUGGCCCUUGGAGCUGUCACGUUGGCUUCGAUUUGAAAGAUCCAGAUCAGAGCGUAACUUUUGAUGUAAAGGUGGAAGAGCCGUUAACAGUGACACAGGGAGACCGUGGCAGAGCCAUGCGAGUGAGAGCCGUGUUGAAUGUGUUUACGGACAUCCGUUACUGCGUGUUCGUGAGAAUCGAUGGACAGAGUUUCAGCACCCAAAAAUGGUCUGGCGGGUACUCUGGGUGGGUAUCUGACAAUCUAUUCAGCUGUGAGCUCAAUAUAAAUGAUCCUACUCCCCUCGACCGGAACGCUUGGACUGUGAUCGCUCACCUUACGGGAGGAGCGAGUGUUCAGGGCUCGUCUAGACCAAGGACUAUAGUUUAUUCAUUCCGCUUCCCAACAACAUGGCUGAUCGUGAUGGUAGCGGGUCUCUCGCUAGCGAUGCUGGGCGCCAUCUUGUCCCCAAACAAGAACCGGCGCUGGGUCGCCGCGCGCGCUAGUGACGCGUCCAACUCGUUCAGAAACAGCUUCCGACGCACGUUCAGGAACGAUGUCAAGAAUAAUACUACUGCUGUCGCUGCGUAAUUGAUUAAAUUAUUGCAAUUU